AUGUCAACUGAAGAUUUCGAAAACCUAAUAUGUCUCAUCGGUCCAGCAGUCCACAAACAAAAUACUAUUUGGAGAACUGCUAUUAGUGUGACUGAGCGUUUAGCUUUGACUUUAAGGUUCUUGGCAACGGAAGACUCUUACCAUAGCACGAUGUAUCAAUUUAAAAUAUCUACUCAGGCAAUAUCACUUAUAGUUCCGGAAGUUUGUGAAGCAAUAGUCAAUGCUCUUUCGGAGUAUAUUAAGGUAAGCACAUACAUAAAUAAAUUAUUUAAAUAA